AUGGACGACCACAGCAUCUCUUAUUUCCUCGCCAUAGCCGCUGGCAUUGUGACAACUGCGGUGCUCGGGACCUUCAAAAUGCUCAGAAAUAACACCUCAGAGAAAAAAGAGAACUCAAAUGCGUUCCCACUCUACGAACUACCAAUGUUCGCAUUGAACCAAAUUAUUGAAUCGAUGGAUGUGCCGGAGCGAAUCGAACUGGCUCUGACGUCUGAACGCAUGAGAGAUAGCAUCCGAUUUGCUAGGGCAAGAGUUCCGUAUUCGAUACAUUUCAAGGGAAACGCCACGUAUAUUGAGAUAGAGGGAGAGGAUAUUGAGAUUCAUUGCUCGAGACACGAAUAUGUGCCAGUUGGAUUUGAGAGACGCACGAUGACGUUGGGGCAAUGGAUCAACCGCAACAACCCAAGUCUCUCUGUCCUCGACAACACCGUCAACAACUUUCUCCGUAUUCAAGAACUCGCUCCAUCCAGUCGUCUCACUCUUCAAUUUCAUCUGGAUUGGAUGGAAAUGGAGGCGACUGUCAAAGAGUUUGUCGACAUCCCUGCCUUCCAAAAUUGGGAUAUCAUUAUGCUUCAUGGAAAUUCUGGUAGUGAACCGAUAACUGCAGUGAAGGAGUAUGGGUUGAACGAUAGGUUUCAAGUCAACCUGGAUAAUGAUUACAUUAUGAUUAAAUAUAGGUAUGGGAGGCAUUGA